CCGUUUAGUCUGAUCCCAUGAACCUUCGCAAGCGAGUGACUGCGACUGGGUUUGAGGUUUAGAGGAACGGUAAUCUUCCAAACCCUAACCCUAACGCUGAAAUUUUCAUCUACAAUGAAAUCUCAAAGAACCAAAACCCUAAAUUCUAUUUCUUUCUUAGUGUGAGACAUUAAUCCCAAAUGGCAUUAGUUUGGAAUCCACAAUUUCAUUCCAUUUCUUCUCAGCCCUCAAUCUGCGGUUGGAAGCAUGGGAUUUCUUCAAACAUACUUGAACAUAGAAGAGAAUUGGGGUUAAGUUAUAGUCGCUAUAACUGGGUUCAACAAAGGACGGCUCGAAGUUUUCUGUUCAGAGCCUUAAGCAAGUCUGCGAAUUCUGAUGAAGAUAAAGUUGUUAAAACCGAGACAGAAAUCAAUGGUUGGAAAAACUCAAUUGGAAAACUUCAAGAAACGAUUAAAUCUUUUCCUCCUGUUGUUUUUGUGAUGAAAAAGGAUGUGGGAAUAAAUUUUGCCAUUGGAUUAUGUGUUGCAACAACAAUUUUGGUUGUUGCCGUCAGAGUAUAUGUGGCAAGGAAGGUGAGUAGCAGCCGUCCUGGUUCUGUUGCCGAUCUUGUCAGACGUGGUCAGCUGAGAUCUGAUAGAAGAGGCAUCUCAAGUCCUCUCAAGUAUGAAGACCCAUUUAAUAACCCAUUGGUGAAAGUUGGUAAGAGCAAUUCCACAGUAGAAAUGUGUGGAAAGGUGUAUCGGUUGGCGCCGGUGACUCUUACAAAAGAGCAGCAAGCAAUCCACCAGAAAAGGAGGUCACGAGCAUAUCAGUGGAAGAGACCAACCAUGUUUCUUAAAGAAGGAGACUCAAUACCUUCCGAUGUUGACCCUGAUACAGUCAGGUGGAUUCCUGCAAAUCAUCCUUUUGCUACCACUGCUAGUGAAAUUGAUGAGGGCUUGGCUCAAAACAAUGUCUAUCAAAAGCAUGGUGUUCCAUUCCGUAUUCAGGCUGAACAUGAGGCACUGCAGAGAAAGCUGGAAGCACUCCAGAGUGAGCAAAAGCUCAAUAAAUUAGUUAUUGAUCCCACAAAUGCUAAAGAUUUUGAGAGACCAUUCAAACAUUUAACGUCACACGAGCAGGCAGGACAGGGCCCCUCUAAUCGCAUAGGGAGUGAUUCUUCCCCGGAGGAAAUGCAGAAACCCUAAGCUGCCAAGAGUCUUUUAUCGCUGUCAAAUUUAGUAGCCUUCAUCUUUGCCGAUGCCUAAGUCCAGAUACUGAUUCAAUGAGCAUCAAUUUUUUGAAUUUUAAAGUUGCUGGUUGGAGAUACCUAUUUGGAAAAUCUGAAGGAUGGAGUGUAAAUAGAAGAUAGUGUUUACUAUGUCCAAUCUAUCUUGUUCUUUUCAGGUCGCAAUGUAUUCUUAUGGUGCCUUGUGUCUGUUGCAAGGCAUGGUCUAGUUAUAUGGCCUUUAUUCUGAAUCCAGGCUUGCAAUAAUUUCUCACUACCA